GUCCAAGUCGUGAAAGGGGGAUGUAUAGUACAUAGCUUUCGCUGCUAUCCGUAACUUAGUAUUUGGAUUAGUAUUUGGGUACAUGGUAUCACGUCUGGCUUUUGUUCGACAAUCUUAUUGAUUGUUAGUCAUUGAAGACGGCUAGAUUAUAAUAUAGUCGAUCACGAAAGAGAAUCAAAGGAUUGACACGAUGGUUGUGAUUGCAAAGGUGCAGGAGUGGUGGGGAAUACUUGCGCUCACUCUCCGUGGAUUAAAACGAGUACUAUUUAUCAGUGCUGUGUGCCAGGUCCUGGUCAUCCUUAGCAACGAUUUGGUUCUGCCAUUUGUUCGCUCGAACAUCUCCUGUGACACACCUGUUGACCCCAGCAUAGAGCCUGGGUCGCCAUUGUGGUCGGGGUCGGAAUUAUGUGGCGAUAGAAGUUAUGUGUUAAACCAAGGCCAGGACAUUGUAGGAGUUGCUACAAGUGUAAAACUGGUUACUAGUACAGUCACCAUUCCCAUUCUAGCGUCCAUUGCUGAUGUGUACGGUAGGAAACCAGUGGUGCUCUAUGCCUUGUGGGCACUCACCAUUGCAUUCAUUGUGUUUUUACUUAUGUCGCUACUGGAGGGUUACACAUGGGUGGUCUAUAUCGCCUCCAUCAUCGUGGGUAAUAGCACCGUACUACAAUCUUUGUUCAACGCAAUCACCUCUGACAUCAUCGGGGACGGUAAUGACAAGGCACAGGCCUUUUCUUUCACUGUCUUUAAUGUCGUGAACACCGUUUGUGGAGCAUUGGGUGGCCUUAUUGGCAUUGGUAUCAAACGUAUGUUUCUGGAGAACUACGGCAUAGUCUGGGUAUCACUUAUUGGAGCUGUGUGUGUGCUAGCUAUAGGUACCUUCGUUGUAUUACCCGAAACGGCGUUGGUGAUCAUUGGUAGACGGCCUUCUCUGUACCAGGGAAAGGCUUCGCUGAGUAACGGAGAUAUGGACGAAUCAGCAGAUGAUACGGCACAUGCGAAGGUACCCAGCUCACAUGAUGGGGAUUACAAUAGCAGCACAAUUAACGUAGGUAACACUCAGUCCUCCAUCACCCUGUCCAGUGCUGGCCCCAGCAGUAAGCCGAGGGCAAUCAACGAUGACGAGACGGUUAAUGAGCCAGGGGUCAAGCUCAAGAACGCCUUCUCUGACACUGGCACGGAGCGUAUCCUGGAGACAGUCAAGUCGCUGGAUGAUAGCAGUUUCCACGCACAGUUCGAGAUUAAUCCAGAUAAGGUGCAUCCUCCGACCGAGGGCCUAAGUAUCAAGGAGAAGAUCAUGUUGCUGAUGCAUGACAUGCGUGAGACCUGGAAUGACCCGUUCCUGGUGUGGGUGGCGUGUGGGCUCUUCUUCUUCCACCUGGCUAUGGCCGUUACAAGUGUGUUGGCCAGCUUCUCCAUGUCGGCGUUUGACUUUGAGCAAGGGGAUAUGGAGCUGAUCUUCAUCUACGUGUCGCCUGUAGGAGCCUUGGCAGUGGUCGGUGCAGGGCCGCUGAGUGUGACGCUGGGGGGUGGGGAGCGCGUCUUGUUCAUUCUGGCCAUCUUUGUCUUCCUGGCCCAGUUGGCAUUCUUCCUGUCUGUGAUGGUGUGGCAGGGGCUGUUCUACGUGGGGAUGGCUCUAGUGUCGGUGGGUAUUGCAUCGCCAAUGGUGGCGGCUAUCAUUGCCAGUUCGCGCUACGGCUCACGCCGACAGGCACGUGCACAAGGUACCAUGAGCACGGCAAUUGUAGCUGCACUGGCGAUUGGAAUCCCACUACAUUCAAUCUGGCUAUAUGACUCCAACAACACAACAGGGACCGAGGGGGGACUGAUGUUUAUUGCGGGCAUGAUCUUCAGCUUCCUGUCUGUGUGUGUCUACGGAUAUGUUGGGUUUAUGCGCGAGAGGCUACUGAGGGUGGGUGAACAUGUUGGCGUGUCUAUGGAAGACAGUAACAUGGAUUCACACUCUCAAUUAGACAGCAGCAUGAAAACAUACUCGCUCAGAGACACGAGCGCUAAGACAAGUGUAUAAGUCAGUGGUGGCGAAUCCAUACUAGGUGUGACACCAUCUAUAACUAUAUAAAUAGAUAAUCACUGCAAGCUGUCCGCAUGUCACAGUGCUGGUUAUUUGUGAUAUUCUGGUAGGGUGUAAAAAGUAUCAUCACGCACAGGAUCGCGACGGUGCUGAUUCGUAUCUGCAACAGAAGUUAUUGAUCUAUCGGCUGUCUGUGGUAUACAAUGUAGCUUUCGAUGUACCAGAGAAUCUCAUGGGUUAUUUUGACAGUUCUUACUGUAUUAGGC